CAGACUUGCUUUCGUCGUGUGAGUGUGUCGUCUACCAUUUCAGUUUAACUUCUUAUGCAGUAGAGGUCGGUUGCCGGUUGGUCUUAGCAGGUCUCAGCUUUCUUGUUGUUCGGUCAGACAGCCACUCUUUCUUCUUCAAACUAGUUGAUAUCAAAGACAUCUUGGUUUGAGGGUAAGAGUUUGACUUAAUUGUUACCGUCUUACGAGGAAGGGAGAGAGAAAUGCCACGAAUCGACAAUGACGUCAAGCUCGACUUCAAAGAUGUCCUCCUACGUCCAAAACGCAGCACACUCAAGAGUCGUGCCGAUGUUGAUUUGUUUCGCGAAAUCAAAUUUCGGAACUCGAAGCAAACUAUUCGAGGGAUCCCCAUCAUAGCUUCCAACAUGGACACAGUCGGAACUUUCGAAAUGGCUUCUGCCCUAGCUAAGCAUGGACUGCUAACAACCAUCCACAAGCACUACCAAGUUGAGGAGUGGGUCGAUUUUAUGCAAAAGAAUAAAGAUGUCGCUGGAUUCGUUGCUGCUUCUUCUGGCUCGGGUAAAGGGGAUUUCGAGAAACUGUCCAAGAUUCUGAAUGCUGUGCCCGAGGUGCGCUUUGUCUGUCUAGACGUAGCCAAUGGGUAUUCCGAACAUUUUGUCGAAUUCGUUCGCAGUGUCCGGGAAGCCUUUCCUCAACACGUUAUUAUGGCAGGAAAUGUGGUCACUGGAGAAAUGGUUGAGGAACUAAUUCUUUCAGGAGCAGAUAUCAUCAAGGUCGGAAUCGGACCAGGCUCCGUUUGCACAACUCGUAAGAAGACUGGUGUGGGCUAUCCUCAGAUCAGUGCAGUCAUUGAAUGCGCUGAUGCAGCUCAUGGACUGGGUGGCCACAUUAUAUCGGAUGGAGGGUGUACUUGCCCAGGUGAUGUUGCUAAGGCCUUUGGAGCCGGAGCAGAUUUUGUGAUGUUGGGUGGUAUGCUCUCUGGCCACGAUCAGUCAGGUGGAGACGUGAUCGAGCGAGAUGGGAAAAAGUAUAAACUCUUUUACGGCAUGUCUUCCGCAACGGCUAUGAACAAACACGUUGGUGGAGUCUCUGAAUACAGGGCUUCAGAAGGAAAGACUGUUGAGGUUCCGUAUCGCGGAAAUGUGGAUGCAACCAUCAGCGACAUUUUGGGUGGUUUGCGUUCUGCUUGCACAUACACUGGAGCUGCUCGCCUUAAGGAACUACCUAAACGGACAACUUUCAUUCGCGUCACACAGCAAACAAAUGAAAUUUUCAGCGCUUUUUCGUCUGGGGAUUGAAGAUGCCGUCUAAAUCUUUUUACAUUUCAUCUCCGCAAUAUUGCGCAAUUAUAGUAAUCAUGGUUUUGUGUGGUUAGCGUGUUUCUUAAUACACUUCUAUCUUCGAUUCUGAA